UGAUCAUCGCGGAGAGAGUCGGACAAGAUCACGACCAACAGCUCGACCCAGGCUGCUAAUCCUGCACGAAAACAGCGGCUUUUCAUUAAUAUAUGCACAGUUUAACAGCACAGAAGCAAAGCUAAGGGUUUAGUGUUCAUUUCAGGAACCGGAAGUUAACAGAAGACCGCGAUCGUCGACCAAAGCACGAGAAGAUGUCUGGAAAAGACAGGAUCGACAUAUUCCCCUCCAGAAUGGCUCAGACCAUCAUGAAGGCUCGGCUGAAAGGGGCUCAAACCGGCCGCAACCUGCUCAAGAAGAAAUCUGACGCCCUCUCCAUGCGCUUUCGUCAGAUCCUCCGCAAAAUUAUCGAAACUAAGACUAAGAUGGGAGAGGUGAUGAGAGAAGCGGCCUUCUCUUUGGCUGAGGCCAAAUUUACAGCUGGAGACUUCAGCACAACUGUAAUCCAGAAUGUCAACAAAGCCCAGGUGAAGGUCCGAGCCAAGAAAGACAACGUGGCAGGUGUCACCCUUCCAGUUUUUGAGCACUACCAAGAAGGCGGAGACAGUUAUGAGCUGACUGGUCUGGCCAGAGGAGGAGAGCAGCUCUCCAGGUUGAAGAGGAACUAUGCCAGAGCUGUGGAGCUGCUGGUGGAGCUGGCCUCCUUACAGACAUCUUUUGUCACUCUGGAUGAAGCCAUAAAGAUCACCAACCGCCGUGUUAACGCUAUUGAGCACGUGAUUAUUCCUCGCAUCGAUCGCACUCUUACCUACAUCAUCACAGAGCUGGACGAGAGAGAACGAGAGGAGUUCUACAGGCUGAAGAAGAUCCAAGAGAAGAAGAAGCAGCUCAGGGAAAGGACAGAACUGGAGAUCGCAGCUCGCUUGGCUGAACUGGGUCCCAUCGCGGAGCCCACCAACAUGCUGACGGAGGAGACGGAUGAAGACCUGCUGUUCGAGUGAAACGCUCCAAAAGGCCUCACCCCAACCUCCUAUUUAUUCUGUGCCUCUCAGGCCAUGUCCAUGUCUCCUCAUGCAAGUGAUGGAUUUUUUUGUGUACUCGUCUGUGAUGAUUUGUUCUAUUGUUUCAGUGCGUGUUUCCAGAUAUGUCACUGUACAGAACCAAAGUGUCGUCACACUUGGCUGCUCACCCAAAAGGCCACUAGUUCACUAUUAUGAAAUAAUCUAAUAAGAGUAUAAGUAUGUUUACACAUGGUUUGUGAGUGAAAUAAAAGAAGCAUUCCGUGUGACUGAUCAGCUUGUAGAUAUUCCUCCCAACAUUCAGAGCCAUUGCAUGCUGUAAGGCUUAGAGGGUGACUUUGGUGUUUUUCAACCUGGAUCCUAUUUUACCUUUUUUUUUGUGUCUAAAUGAUUCAUAGAGACAGCUGUUUUUGAAAACUGGAAGUAUUGAGUGCGACGCGAAACAAGCUGCAAUGUAACGAUAACUGGACAAUAGCACACUGUCGAUUUACGUCCACUGGAAGUGCUUGUUUUUGCCACUGACAGGCUUGUCUGUCUUGUAUGGAAAGGAUCCCUACAGAGAUAGACCCAUUUUUAAAGAGGAAGUUACUUUUUGUUUAACCAGAAACAGCCCCAAAAUUGCUAUCCCCAAACCCACCAGACUCCAUUUAAAGAAACAGCAAUUUUUAUCAUCACAAACUCACAAAAGCCGUCUUGACUCGUCUUUCAACUGUUCCUACAAUCACCGGCUUGCUUGAAAUAAACCCUUCAUUCACCCAGUUACAUGUGAAGACAUGCUGACUCUACACAUGCUAAAAUUACUGUUUAUUUAAAUGGAGUCUGGUGGGUUUAGCGAUAGCAAUUUCGGGACUGUUUCUGGCUGAACAAAAAAGGUCUUACUCUUAAUCAGUAAGAUCCAUCUCUGUCGGGAUCCUUUUCAUAAUGUUAUCAGACAUUUAGUAUACUAAUCCGAGCCUGUCAGAGGCAAAAACAAACACAUUCGUUGCUCACACCUUCCAAGUGUUUACACUGCAGCCUGUUUCACUGCUGCGGGCUGCAACGCUCUUUUUCAAUGCUGGACCAUUUUCGAAAAUUGUUCCCAUUUGUCACUUAGACACAAAACAUGGAAAAAAGGGUCCAGGUUGAAAAACACCAAAGUUGCAAUUUAAGUUGGUUGUAGAUUUCAAAGCGUGAGUGUGUUGUGGAGGUUGUUGUUGUUACCUCAUCUGAAAAUGUUUACCAUUGCAACACAAAACCCUGAAGUGACCCCACUGUAAAACACGGUGUGCAAAUCAACAUAGCCCCACACGUCAUCCAAAUAAAGAUGUUAUCGAUAUCUAA